ACGCCUGUAAUCCCAGCACUUUGGGAGGCCAAGGCGGGCAGAUCACGAGGUCAGGAGAUCGAGACCAUCCUGGCUAACACGGUGAAACCCCGUCUCUACUAAAAAAUACAAAAAAUUAGCCAGGCAUGGUGGUGGGCACCUGUAAUCCCAGCUACUCGGGAGGCUGAGGCAGGAGAAUGCCUUGAACCCGAGAGGCAGAGCUUGCAGUGAGCCGAGAUCAUACCACCGCACUCCAGACUGGGCGACAGAGCAAGACUCCGUCUUGAGAGAAAAAAAGAAAGAGGCCAGGCGCGGUGGCUCACGCUUGUAAUCCCAGAACUUUGGGAGGCUGAGGCGGGUGGAUCACAAGGUCAGGACAUCAAGACCAGCCUGGCCAACAUGGUAAAACCCCAUCUCUACUAAAAAUACAAAAAAUUAGCCAGAUGUGGUGGCACGUGCCUGUAAUCCUAGCUACUCAGGAGGCUGAGGCAGGAGAAUUGCUUGAACCUAGGAGGUGGAGGUUGCAGUGAGCCAAGAUUGCAUCACUACUCUCCAGCCUGGGCAACAGAGUGAGACCCCGUCUCAAAAAUAAAUAAAUAAGGCCGGGCACAGUGGCUCACACCUGUAAUCCCAGCACUUUGGGAGGCCGAGGUGGGCGGAUCACCUGAGGUCAGGAGUUCGAGAUCAGCCUGGCCAACAUGAUGAAACCCUCUACUAAAAAUAAAAAAUUAGCUGGGUGUGGUGGCAUGCACUUGUAGUCCCAGCUACUUGGGAGGCUGAGGCAGGAGAAUUGCUUGAACAUAGGAAGCGAAGCUUGCACUGAGCCAAGAUCGUGCCACUGCACUCCACCCUGGGCAACAGAGUGAGACUGUCUCAAAAAAUAAUAAUAAUAAAUAAUAAAUAAAUAAAAUAAAAUAAAGUCUACUCUUACUCUUAAAAAAAAAAAAGAAAGAAAAAAGGCCAGGCAUGGUGGCUCACGCCUGUAAUCCCAGCACUUUGGGAGGCCAGGGCGGGCAUAUCACGAGGUCAGGAGAUCGAGACCAUCCUGGCCAACAUGGUGAAACCCUGUCUCACCGGGUGCGGUGGCUCACGCCUGUAAUCCCAGCACUUUGGGAGGCCGAGGCGGGUGGAUCAUGAGGUCAGGAGUUCGAGAUCAGCCUGGCCAAGAUGGUGAAACCCCGUCUCUACUAAAAAUACAAAAAUUAGCCGGGCGUGGUGGCACACACCUGUAGUCCCAGCUACUUGGGAGGCUGAGGCAGGAGAAUCGCUUGAACCUGGGAGGCAGAGGUUGCGGUGAGCCGAGAUUGUGCCAUUGCACCCCAGCCUGGGUGACAAGAGUGAAACUCCGUCUGAGAAAAAAAAGAAAGAAACCCUGUCUCUACUAAAAAUACAAAAAUUAGCUGGGCAUGGUGGCAUGUGCCUGUAAUCCCAGCUACUCAGGAGGCUGAGGCAGGAGAAUCGCUUGAACCAGGGGAGUUGGAGGCUGCGGUGCGCCGAGAUCGCGCCACUGCACUCCAGCCUGGCGAAAGAGCGAGACUCCAUCUCAAAAAAAAAAAAAAAAAAAAGAGGCCAAGCGCAGUGGCUCAGGCCUGUAAUCCCAGCACUUUGGGAGGCCAAGGCGGGCAGAUCACGAGGUCAGGAGAUUGAGACCAUCCUGGCCAACAUGGUGAAACCCCGUCUCUACUAAAAAUGCCAAAAUUAGCUGGGCAUGGUGGUACGUGCCUGUAAUCCCAGCUACUCAGGAGGCUGAGGCAGGAAAAUCGCUUGAACCAGGGAGUCAGGUUGCAGUGGGCCAAGAUUGCUUCAUUGCACUCCAUCCUGGCAACAGAGCGAGACUCUGUCUCAAAAAAAAAGGAAAUCUUCCUGCCUCAGCUCCUGAGUAGCUGGGAUUACAGAUGUAAGCUACCACAUCUGGCUCCAAUUUAAGUAUCCACAUGUGGCUAGUGGUUAUCUAUUGGAACACGCAGUUCUGGAGGCUUUAAUAUAGGGACUCCUUAUGGAGAAAUGGGUAUGGUUAAAGGAGGCUACAAGGAAUGCUGAAGCCCUAAGAGCCUAGCAACUAUUGGAGCCUGUUACUGCUUCUAGGACUGAUGGGGUAACAGGCAGAAACUGUUACAGAAACUCAUUAAAACCUGGGGAUGUAGAAGAAGGGGCCACCUGACAGGUGCUGCAGAUGUGGGUGGGGAGAUGAAGCCACUGCCAGAGAUGUGAGGCACAGCAGGAAGGGAGCAGAAUAGAAAUGUCCUCACUGUCCUCCCCCUUGGAGCUCCAGCCAGUCCUCCCUUUAGCUAAACUCAAGUGAAAUCCAGGCCGGGUGCGGUGGCUCACCCCUAUAAUCCCAGCACUUUGGGAGGCCCAGGCGGGAGUUCGAGACCAGCCUGGCCAACAUGGCAAAACCCUGUCUCUAUUUAAAAAUACAAAAAAAUUAGUUGGGCGUGGUGGAGGGCACCUGUAAUCCCAGCUAUUUGAGAGGCUGAGACAGAAGAAUUGCUUGAACCGGGGAGGCAGAGGUUGCAGUGAGCCAAGAUCCUGCCACUGCACUCCAGCCUGGGCAACAGAGCGUGACUCCAUCUCAAAACAAAACAAAAAACAGAGGGUGGGGGAGCCUCCAGGGCAGAGGGUAGGGCUGAGAAUAAGUCUGGGAGUGAGGGUAGAUGAUGACCAGCCCAGAGCCACAAACCCCAAAACAUCACCUCUGAACCCCAGGGCUCUGAGGAACCCUGUCUGAAACCACUUCCUAGGUGGGACACAUCCAACUGAACGGAAACAGAACUGAACAGAUACGAGGGUGGGGGGACCCCUGGAGGUCCCUUCUGAGGGAUCUUUGCUUAGUUCUGCUCUGUUUCUUUUUUCUUUUCUUCUUUCCUUUUCCUUUCCUUUUCUUUCUUUCUCUUUCUCUCUCUCUUCCUUUCCUCUUUCUUUCCUUUUUUUUUUUUUUUUUUAACCGAGUCUCGCUCUGUCACCCAGGCUGGAGUGUACAGUGGCAUGAUCUCGGCUCGCUGCAACCUCCGCCUACCGGGUUCAAAUGAUUCUCCUGCCUCAGCCUCCCGAGUAGCUGGGAUUACAGAUGCCUGCCACCAAGUCCAGCUAAUUUUUGUAUUUUUAGUAGAGACAGGAUUUUGCCAAGUUGGCAAGGCUGGUCUCGAACUCCUGACCUCAGGUGAUCCGCCCACCUUGGCCUCCCAAAGUGCUGGGAUUAUAGGCGUGAGCCACCGCGCCUGGCCUUUGCUGAGUUCUUAAAGGCUGAGACGGGAAAAGAAAAACAGUAAACUCUGUGCCAAGCUUUGUCGUGAGCUGGGUAAUUUCACUAUUUUCUUGUUUUAACUUUAUGACUGUCCUGGAGAGGGCAGCAUCAUUACCUUUAAUUUAGAGCUGGGACAGGGACAGUCUGUGACACUUAUCUUGAUAUUGAGGAAUGGAGUCAGUCCUCCAAUGGAGGGAGGCCGAUUGAGGUGUGAUACUGAGUGCCCCAUCAGUUGUUCAAGGGCUGGGGCAGAUCUAAUAUUGUGUCUGUACUGGCUGAUACUUAGGUGGCCAGGGCCCCAGCUUUGGAAACCUGUGAUGGCUGCUACCACCUCUGGCUUUGCUAGGCGCACACAUCUGCCCAGACUCAAUGUAUUGCAAACCCAUGCAACCUCCAGGCCCACACUGAGAAUCAAGAAUUGUGGACUCUUGAUUCUCCAAAUCUUCUCAAAAGCCCAGCUGCUGGCUGGGUACAGUGGCUCACAUCUGUAAUCCCAGCACUUUGGGAGGACGAGGCGGGCGGAUCACUUGAGGUUAGGAGUUCAAGACCAGCAUGGCCAAUGUGGUGAAACCCCAUGUCUACUAAAAAUACAAAAAUUACCUGGGCAUGGUGGCAGGCACCUGUAGUUCCAGCUACUUGGGAGGCUGAGGCAGGAGAAUCGCUUGAACCCAGGAGACGGAGGUUGCAGUGAGCCGAGAUCGUACCACUGCACUCCAGCCUUGGUGACAGGGCAAGAUUCUCUCUCAAGGCUUGAGGGCUGAGUGAACACUCCUUAACUAUUUCCAGUUAUAGCCACGGGUCGACUUAGAUCAACAGAAGUCUAUAUGGAUUACUCUAAUAGAGUGCAAAAAGAUCUGAACUAGGACCUCAUUGUGAAUUCUGAUCCUACCCCUUACCAGCUGUGUGACCCUGGGCAAGACACAGAAUCUCUGAGCUGUCACUGCCCUCUCUGUAAGUGAAGUGGCACCCACUUCUUAUGUCUGUGUUGGUCCUCUUCUCCUAAUUGACACUCACUCGUUUUUCGUUGUUUUUUUUUGAGACGGAGUGUCGCUCUGUCGCCCAGACUGGAGUGCAGUGGCACGAUCUUGGCUCACUGCAAGCUCCACCUCCCGGGUUCAUGCAAUUCUCCUGCCUCAGCCUCCUGAGUAGCUGGGACUACAGGCGCUCGCCACCACGCCUGGCUAAUUUUUCGUAUUUUUAGUAGAGACGGGGUUUCACCGUGUUAGCCAGGAUGGUCUUGAUCUCCCGACCUCGUGAUCUGCCUGCCUCAGCCUCCCAAAGUGCUAGGAUUACAGGCGUGAGCCAUGGCGCCUGGCCACUCUUUUUUUGUUUUUGUUUUUGUUUUUUUUUUUAAUUUUGAGAUAGAAUCUUGUUCUGUCACCCAGGUUGAAGUGCAGUGGCAUAAUCCUAUCUCACUCCAAACUCAAACUCCUGGGUUACAGCAAUCCUCCCACUUCAGCCUCCCAAGUAGCUGGGACCACAGGCACGUGCCCCCCUGCCUGGCUAAUUUUUAAAAUUUUAAGUAGAGAUAGGGUCUCACCGUGUUGCCUAGGCUGAUCUCAAACUCCUGGGCUCAAGUGAUCCUCCCACCUUGGCCUCCAAAAGUGUUAGGGUUACAGGCAUGAGCCAUGGUGCCUGGUGACACUCACUCUUGAGUUGAGCUCACACAGACCCCUGGCUUUAAAUAUCAUCCAAAUGUUGAUGUCCCCCAAGUUUUCAUCUUCACUGCAGACCUCUUCUGUGAGCUUCAGAACUGCUCACUUGAAACUUCCCCUUGGGUGUCUGACAGGCAACACAAACUUAACAUGUCCCAACAUGAACUUUUUUUUUUUGAGACAGAAUCUUGCUCUGUUGCCCAGGCUGGAGUGCAGUGGCCUGAUCUUGGCUCACUGCAAACUCCGCCUCCCAGGUGCAAGUGAUUCUCCUGCCUCAGCCUCCCGAGUAGCUGAGAUUACAGGCACGUGCCACCACACCCGGCAAAUUUUUUGUAUUUUUAGUACAGACAGGGUUUCACCAUGUUGGCCAGGCUGGUUUCAAACUCCUGAGCUCAAGCAAUCUGCCCGCCUCUGCCUCCCAAAGUGGUGGGAUUACAAGUGUGAGCCACCGCGCCCGGGCCCAAAAUGAACUCUUUAUCUUCUCCCCCAUACCUGCUCCUCCUGCAGCCUUCCCAUAUCAGAAUACAACAAUUCUAUUCUUACAGUUGGUGUGGCCGAAAACCUUGGUGUUGUCCUCAAUCCUCUCUCACACAUCCCCAAAUCCAAUCUGUCAAGAAACCCUGGUGAUCACUUGAGCCCAGGAGUUUGAGACCAACCUGGGCAGCAUAGCAAGACCCUGUCUCUACAAAAAAUACAAAAAUCAGCGGCAGGGUGCAGUGGCUUACGCCUGUAAUCCCAGCACUUUGGGAGGCUAAGGCAGGCAGAUCACAAGGUCAAGAGAUGAAGACAAUCCUGGCCAACAUGGUGAAACCCCGUCUCUACUAAAAAUACAAAAAUUAGCUGGGCAUGGUGGCACGUGCCUGUAGUCUCAGCUACUUGGGAGGCUGAGGCAGGAGAAUUGCUUGAACCAGGGAGGCAGAGGUUGCAGUGAGCCGAGAUCGUGCCACUACCCCCCAGCCUGGUGACAGAGCAAGACUCUGUAUCAAAAAAAAAAAAAAAAAAAAAAAAGCUGGGCAUGAUGGCACACACCUGUGGUCCCAGCCACUCAGGAGGCUAAGGUGGGAGGGUCGCUUGAGCCCAGAAGUUGGAGGCCGCAGUGAGCCAUAAUUGCACCAGUGUACUCCAGUCUGGGCCACAGAGUAAAACUCUGUCUCUAGAAAACAGAACAAAACAAAGUUGAAGCUCUCUAAACUCUCCACACUGACUCAGAGUGAAAGUGCUAAUAACGACCUAAAGCCAUGCCCUAUGGCCCCCUUUCCUCUUGACUUCGCUUUUCAUGCACUCUGCUCCAGCCAUACUGGCCUCCUUGGGCUUCCCAGAACACGCGAAGCAGGACCCAGUUUAGGGCCUUUGAACUGGCUUUGUUUGUCCGUGGGAUUCCCCAUGAACAUCUCACGGCUGCUCCCUCUCUUCCCUCAAGUGUCCCCUCAGAUGUCCCCUUCUCAGAGACAUCAGCCUGUAGAAAGGAGCACUUCCUUCCCCCACUUUCCUGCGUGAUGUUUCUCCAUGAUGCCUGCUUUCUACAUAUGUAGAGUCUGUCUCACUCCGGAGAAGGCUACCUCCAAAAGGACAGGUGACUGGCCCUUGAUUUCAUUAAUUGUCACAAUCCUAUGCCGGACACAUGGUUGGUGUUCAACAAAUAUUUGCGGAAUUGAAGAACAAAUUAAUAAUGCUGUGAGAUAAAUACUCUAUGCCCAUUUUUCUUUACUUUUUAAUAUAUUUUUUAAAUCUAGAGAGACAGGGUCUCCCUAUGGUCCCCAGGAUGGCCUCAAAACUCCUCCUGCCUCGGCCUCCUUGGCUAUUAAGCUGGGAUUACUGGACUACUACUGUGCCACCAUGCCUGGCUCUUCUUUUCCUUUUACUAUGCCCAUUUUAAAGGUGAGGAAAACUGAGACUCAGAAACGUUCCCAAGGGCACACAGUGAGUGGUGGCUGCCUUCAGGUUGGUCUGACUCCAGUGCCCAAGCCUUUCUCAGGAGUGGUGUGUUGCCCAUCAGCCAUUAUAUCCAUGACAUCAACUGGCAUAAGAUAUAUUCUUAUAUGAAAAUUAAUUUUAGAAGUGAGUGUCACGAAAUAUUGACCUUCUCUGAGGAACUAGUUCUUAUAGUCAAAAAGGAGGAACUUACGUAAAUUUUCCCUUUCAGGGCCAGCCCCAGGAAGUUCAGAGCCUAAUGUGGUGUUCAUUCUAUUAAUUUUUUCUUACCCUGGGAUUUUUUUCUUUCUUUCAUUUAUGUUAACCUAAUCACCAGCUGCUUCCUGUUCCUUAGGAAAUAGCUAAGUCGUACAUGACACUUUUGGGGUUCCAGUGUGCCCAGCAUGGGUUUUCUUUCAUUGGGCAGGCACUAGGUGGGCUUUUCAGCCUGAAGACGCAUGUUUCUCAUCAGAGUGAGAAUGAUCUCUGAUCAUUCUCCUUCUUCCAUUUCUUGGGUUCUCUCUUCCUGGCACUCCUAUUGGUUAGCUUUUGGGCCUCUUGGAUUGCCUGGCUGUGUCUCUGUGGCAAAGACUACUCAUUAUCCAAAAUCCAAUGAGCCCUUCUUCCCCAAGAACAUGGUGGAACUGCAUGUCCCAGCCUCCCUUGCAGUAGGCAUGGUCAUGUGACUAAGUUUCCACCAAUAGAAUGUGAGGAGGUGAUGUAUGUGACUUCUGGUCUUUGGCCUUAGGAAGUAGGCCAGCUUCAUACUCUCCAUUCCUGCUGGCUGGAGAUCCCCACAACAGAUUCAAACGUGCAGGUGACAAGCGGUGCCCUACCGAUGGCAGAAAAGUGAUGAGGAAGGGCCCUUGGUCCCUGAACAAUGAGAGAAGCAGAGCUGCCUCCCUAACUACCACCAUUUCACUUGAACAUGUCUCUUCUUUUGUUUAUUUAUUUGUUUGUUUUUUGCAGACACGUCUCUUCUUUUUUUUUUUUUUUUUUGAGAUAGAGUCUCACUCUGUCCCAGGCUGGAGUGCUGUGGCGCAAUCUCGGCUCACUGCAACCUCUGCCUUCUGGGUUCAAGUGAUUCUCCUGCUUCAGCCUCCCAAGUAGCUGUGAUUACAGGCAUGCGCCACCAUGCCUGGCUAAUUUUUGUAUUUUUAGUAGAGACGGGGUUGGCCAGGAUGGUCUCGCACUACUGACCUCAUGAUCCACCCACCUUGGCCUCCCAAAGUGCUGGGAUUACAGGUGUGAGCAACUGCGCCCGGCCGACACGUCUCUUCUUUAAGCCGCCACUUAUUGGAUCUCUAUGUUAGAGCGGCAGUCUCAUAUAUUUUCUCUCAUAUUUUCUUCUCCACCCCUACACUUUCUGGGAGUUCUAUUUUCUGGGAUAAUUAAUUAAUCAAUUUUUGAGACGGAGUCUCACUCUGUCCCAGGCUGGAGUGCAGUGGAGCGAUCUUGGCUCACUGCAACCUCUGCCUCCUGGGUUCAAGCUAUUCUCCUGCCUCAGCUUCCUGUCUCGAACUCCUGACCUCGUGAUCCACCUGCCUUGGCCUCCCAAAGUGCUGGGAUUACAGGCGUGAGCCACCGCGCCCAGCUUUAUUUAUUUUUUAAAUUUUUUAUUCUUGAGACAGAGUCUCACUCUGUCACCCAGGGUGGAAUGCAGUGGCACAAUCUUGGCUCAUGGCAACCUCCGCCUCCCAGGUUCAAGCGAUUUUCCUGCCUCAGCCUCCCAAGUAGCUAGGAUUACAGACGCCUGCCACCACAUCUGGCUAAUUUUUGUAUUUUUAGUAGAUGGGGUUUUGCUAUGUUGGCCAGGCUGAUCUCGAACUCCUGACCUCAGGUGAUCCACCUGCGUAGGUCUCCCAAAGUGCUGGGAUUACAGGCAUGAUCCACCACACCUGGCAGUUUUCUGGGAUAAUUUAUUAACUUUUUGUUACAACACUUCCUGUUUGUGUUUGUACAGAUGAGGCCUUGCUAUAUUACCCAGGCUGGUCUUGAACUUCUGGCCUCAAGCCAUUCUCCUUGGCCUCCCAAACUGCAGGAAUUACAGGAGUGAGCUACUGUGCCCAGCUUCUUUAUUCUAAUGCUUUUAGUAAUUCAGUAUCAUAGCUUUAAUUUCUAAGAAUUCAGUCUUUGCUCUAUUUAUUUAUUUAUUUGAGAUGGAGUCUCAUUCUGUCGCCCAGGCUGGAGUGCAGUGGUGUGAUCUUGGCUCACUGCAACCUCCUCCUCCUGGGUUCAAGCGAUCCUCCUGCCUCAGCUCCCAGAAUAGCUGGGACUACAGGUGCCUGCCACUACACCCGGCUAAAUUUUUUUUUGUAUUUUUAGUAGAGACAGGGCUUCACCUUGUUGGUCAGACUGGUCUUGAACUCCUGUCCUUAGGUGAUCCACCUGCCUCAGCCUCCCAAAGUGCUGGGAUUACAGGCGUGAGCCACUGUGCCUGGCCUCUAUUUCUUUUUUAUAACACCCUGUUUUUAUUGUAACAUAGUGUAGCAAUUUUUUUUUCUUUGAGAUGGAGCCUUGCUCUGUCGCCCAGCUGGAGUGCAGUAGUGGAUCUUGGUUUAACUGCAACAUCCGCCUCCCGGGCUCAAAUGAUUCUCCUGCCUCAGCCUCCCGAGUAGCUGGGAUUAUAGGCACCUGCCACUGUGCCCAGCUAAUUUUUGUAUUUUUAGUAGAGACGGGGAUUCACCAUGUUGGCCAGGCUGGUUCGAACCCCUGACCCCAGGUGAUCAGCCCACCUCGGCCUCCAAAAUGCUGGGAUUACAGGUGUGAGCCACUGCACCUGGCCAGCAAUAUCUUUUUUUUUUUUUUUUUUUUUUGGGAAAGAGUCUUGCUCUGUCGCCCAGGCUGGAGUGCAGUGGCGCGAUCUCGGCUCACUGCAAGCUCCGCCUCCUGGGUUCAUGCCAUUCUCCUGCCUCAACCUCCCGAGUAGCUGGGACUACAGGCGCCCGCCAUCACGCCUGGCUAAUUUUUUUGUAUUUUUAGUAGAGACGGGGUUUCACCAUGUUAGCCAGAAUGGACUCGAUCUCCUGACCUCAUGAUCCACCUGCCUCUGCCUCCCAAAAUGCUGGGAUUACAGGCGUGAGCCACCGUGCCUGGCCCAUCUUUGUUUUUUUUUUUUUAAUAUGGGGUCUUGCUCUGUCACCCAGGCCAGAGUGCAGUGGCAUGAGCACAGCUCACUGCAGCCUCAAAUACCCAGGCUCAAGUGAUCCUCCCACCUCAGCCUCCAGAGCAGCUGAAAUUACAGGCACGUGCUACCACGCCCUGCCCAGCUAAUUUUUUUUUUUUUUUGGAAGCAGCACCUUCAUUUAUUAGGGACUUCGGUGGGGGUGGGGAAAGGCGGCCCCCGGGUCAGAGGCGCCGGAAGUAGAGCUUGGAGCCAUGGUCUAACGUGCACUCGCUGGGGCCCAGCUGGCUCCCGCCCAGCCCCCCCCUUUUUUUUUUUUUUUUUUUUUGAGAUGGAGUCUCACUCUGUCGCCCAGACUGGAGUGCAGUGGCGCAAUCUUGGCUCACUGCAACCUCUGCCUCCCGGGUUUAAGCGAUUCUCCUGCCUCAGCCUCGAGUAGCUGGGAUUACAGGCACCUGCCACCACACCUGGAUAAUUUUUGUGUUUUUAGUAGAGAUGAGGUUUCACCAUGUUGGCCAGGCUGGUCUCGAACUCCUGACCUCGGGUGAUCCACCUGCCUCGGCCUCCCAAAGUGCUGGGAUUACAGGCAUGAGCUACUGCGCCCAGCCCCGCCCAGCUAAUUUUUUAAUUUUUUGUAGAGACAGGAUCUCACUAUGUUGCCAGGGCUGGUUUCAAACUCCUGGUCUCAAGCGAUCCUCCCGCUUUGGCCUCCCAAAGUGCUGGGAUUACAAGGGUGAGCCUCGUGCCUGGCCUGAAGCAGCAUUUUCUCAAAUGUCUUUAAGAAUACCAGAUUUUUUUUUCUUUUUCUUUUCUUUUCUUUUUUUUUUUUUUAAGACGGAGUCUCGCUCUGUCGCCCAGGCGGGAGUGCAAUGGCGCGAUCUCGGCUCACUGCAAGCUCCGCCUCUCGGGUUCAUGCCAUUCUCCUGCCUCAGCCUCCUGGUAGCUGGGACUACAGGCGCCCGCCACCACGCCCGGCUAAUUUUUUUUGUAUUUUUAGUAGAGAUGGGGUUUCACCGUGUUAGCCAGAAUGGACUCCAUCUCCUAACCUCAUGAUCCACCUGCCUCUGCCUCCCAAAGUGCUGGGAUUACAGGCGUGAGCGAUCGCACCCAGCCUCUUUUUCUUUACGUAAAUUCUGUUUCCUCCAGGAUUACUUUUCUUUUCUUUUUCUUUUUUUUUUCUUUUUUUUUUAAAUUUUUUUGAAUGUACUUAGGAUGCAUUUGGCUACAAAUAACUAAACAUCCGACUUACAGGAAGCUCACAGAAGGGGGUGGCUGGGAUUCAGGGCCCCUUGAUCAGGCAUUUGCGAUGCCUUGGGAUCCCAUGCUCUUUCUCCCACUCCUCUGCGAUCCUACAAUGUUUCCAUCCUGGGGCCAGUUCCUCUCAGAGUUAUAGGAUGUAUCCUUAAUCAUGGCUCGUGGGAGGCAGAAGUCACUGCCCCCGGGUUCUCUUUUAAUUAAAAGGAAGAAGCCUUUCUUAGAAGCCUCCCUUCCUUUUAUCUUAGUGGCUAGAACUGGGGCAUGUACCCUUUCCUAAUGCAAUCGUGGGCAGAAGGGGAGUGGUUACUUUAGAUUGGUCAGACUUUGCUGGAGCUGAAGAAGGAAGGGGUCAGUGCCCAGGAUGUGUAUGCGGGUGGGCACCUGAACAAAUUGGGGUAGUUUUAGGAAAGAAGGAGGCAGAAUGGAUGAUGGGGUUGGUUUAUCUUGGUGCUUUCCUUUCAUGUUGCAGGGUUUCUUUGAAUGUUGUUGAUAUUUCUUCCAGGCGUGACGGCUCAUGCCUGUAAUCCCAGCAGUUUGGGAGGCCGAGGUGGGUGGAAUCUCUUGCGCUCAGGAGUUCCAGACCAGCCUGGGCAAUAUAGGGAGACCUACGUCUCUACAAAAAUUAGCCAGGUGUAGCGGUGUGCACCUCCCAGUUUUGCUGGGAGGAUUACUUGAGCCCAGGAAGUUGAGUUGAGGCUGUAGUCGGCUGUGGUCUCAUCACUGUAUUCCAGCCUGGGUGACAGAGUAAAAAACCCUGUCUCAAAAAAAAAAAAAAAAAGUUGAUAUUUCUUCCAAGUCCCGUCAUACUUCAGAGUGAGCCAAUAAGAGGCUGACUGGGGCUUUUGGUACCAGAGUAGAGCUUUCCAACUUGAGGGUUGGACUUUCAUAUCAAGUGUGAGAAUAAACUAAAGACCUAUUUAGGUGCAAGAUUACUUUGGGCACGGUGGCUCACGCCUGUAAUCCCAGCACUUUGGGAGGCUGAGGGGCGACGAUCACCUGAGGUCAGUAGUUCGAGACCAGCCUGGCCAACAUGGCGAAACCCUGUCUCUACUAAAAAUACAAAAAUUAGCCAGGCAUGGUGGCGCCUGCCUGUAAUCCCACCUACUAGGGAGGCUGAGGCAGGAGGAUUGCUUGAACCUGGGAGGCAGAGUUUGCAGUGAGCCGAUAUUGCCCCACUGCACCCCAGCCUAGGUGACAGAGUGAGACAAAAAAAAAAAAAAGCAAAGUUCACCUUUUUAUUAGGGAGCUUUCUUUGGAUGUGACUUGAAAAUGUGCUCCUGCAAAAUUAAGGGGGUAAAUCACAAAAGAGAAGGGUGCAGACUACAGGAAAUAGGAGAUCCCACCCAAGAGAGAAAUAACCACUGGUCCCAAGAUGUAGCAGUGUAGCAACAGGGAGUGGGAGGGGAGAAGGAAGGUCACACUGGAGCAAGGAAUUAGUGAAGCAAUUAGAAACUCUAGGCAAAAUUAAAAGAGAUGUAGUAAAUUUACUGUGAUACAUUAUCGUAGUAAAUAUCGCCAAAAUUUUAUAUAUAUAUAAAUAUAUAUUUUAUAUAAUAUAACUGAACAAUAGUUAUAUAAUGCUUUUUUUUUUUUUUCUGAGGUGGCAUCUUGCUCUGUUGCCCAGGCUGGAGUACAAUGGCACGAUCUCAGCUCACUGCAACCUCCGCCUCCUGGGUUCAAGCGAUCCUCCUGCCUCAGCCCCCCUAGUAGCUGGGAUUACAGGCACGCGCCACCAUGCCCAGCUAAUUUUUGUAUUUUUAGUAGAGAUGGGGUUUCACCAUGUUGGCCAGGCUGGUCUCGAACUCCUGACCUCAGGUGAUCCACCCGCCUUGGCAUCCCAAAGUGCUGUUAUUACAGACGUGAGCCACCGUGCCAGGCAUUUUUUUUUUUUUUUUUUUUUUUAGAGACAUGGUCUCCCUUUGUCACCCAGGCUGCAGUGCAGUGGUAUCAUCAUAGCUCACUGCAGUCUUGAACUUCUGGGCUCAAGUGAUUGUCCCGUCUCAGCCUCCUGAGUAGCUGUAAGUACAGGCAUGUGCCACCAUGCCUGGCUACUUUUUUUCUUUUUUUCUGUACAGAUGGCACCUUGCUAUGUUGCCCCGGCUGGUCUUGAACUCCUGACCUCAAGUGAUCCUCCUGCCUUGGCCUCUCAAAGUGCUGGGAUUACAGACAUGAGGCACCACAUCCAGCCCCAUAAUCUUAAAAACAAAGAAAAUUAAUAGUUUUCCAUUUUAGACUCAAACUCUGGACCAGACAGCACUGAUCUUGACUAUCUGAGGUGAUAGAAAUAGCCUUUAUCUGUGUUAUUCGAUUUGAUAGCUACUAGCCACAUGUGGUUUCUGAACACACUUGAAAUGUAACAAGCUAGUUGCAACUGAGGGAACUAGGUUUUAAAUCUCAUUAAAUUUUAAUUAAGUUAAAGUAGUCUCCUGUGGCCAGUGGCUUCUACAUUAGGCAAUGCAGCUCUAAGCAAGGUGAAAGAGAGAAUGCCAAUAUUAUCUACAUUUAACAACAUAAAAGUAAAUGUACAGGUAACAGAAAUGAGCAGAAGAGAGAUAAAGGAAAGCCACUAUCUUCAUGUCACAAAGUGAUAAGAAUUUAGGCCAGAAGCUGUGGCUCAUGCCUGUAAUCUCAGUACUUUUGGAGGCCGAGGCAAGGAGGAUCGCUUGAGCCCAGGAAUUCAAGACCAGCCUGGGCAACAUAAUGAGAUCCCUGUCUCUACAAAAAAAUUUAAAAAUUAGCUGGGCAUGAUGGUGCACACCUGUAGUCCCAGCUACUCAGGAGGCUGAGGUAGGAUUGCUUGGGCCCAGGAGUUCGAGGGUGCUCAUCUCUUUAAAAAUAAAUAAAUAGGUCAGCUGAGGUGGCUCAUGCCUAUAAUCCCAGCACUUUGAGAGGCCAAGGUGGGCGGAUUGCUUGAGCCCAGGAAAUUGAUCCCAGCCUGGGCAACAGCGAAACAAUGUCUCUACAAUAAAUAUAAAAAGUAACCAGGUGCAUGCCGGGCACGGUGGCUCACGCCUGUAAUCCCAGCACUUUGGGAGGCCGAGGCAGGGUGGAUCACAAGGUCAGGAGAUCGAGACCAUCCUGGCGAACACGGUGAAACCCUGUCUCUACUAAAAAUACAAAAAAUUAGCCGGGCAUGGUGGCGGGUGCUUGUAGUCCCAGCUACUCGGGAGGCUGAGGCAGGAGAACGGCGUGAACCUGGGAGGCGGAGCUUGCAGUGAGCCGAGAUCGCGCCACUGCACUCCAGCCUGGGUGACAGAGCGAGACUCCGUCUCAAAAAAAAAAAGUAACCAGGUGCGGUGGCACACACCUGUAGUUCCAGCUACUUGGAGGCCGAGGUGGGAGGAUCACUGGAGCCCAAGGUUGCAGUAAGCUGAGAUCAGGCCACUGCACUCUAGCCUGGGCGAAAGAGUGAGACCCUGUUUCAAAACAAAACAACAACAAUAAUAAAACUCAUACAUAACUACGUAAAUAAAGUUACAAAAGCAACUUUAGUUCGUUACAAAGGACCUGAAGAGAGGGAUUUAACUGACCUGCAAGGUGGAAUGGGGCUGGAGCAGGGCCAGUGGGUCAGACACCUAUGAUUAUGCCAGGCAAAAUGGAUACAUGAAGAAAUAAAGUUAUAACAUCUCCAUGUAGUAAUAGAAAAAAAAAAGGAAUAACGAAAUUAGCACACUUUUUGGGAAUGUGGACCCACCAGUAGAAUUGAGACUAGAAAAAGUUACAAGCAUUAGAAGUGUUCUCUUUCUGAGACCAUGACUUGUUGGGGGAAAGGGAAGACUUAUUGUUCAUGACAAACACUUCUGUGCUUAUAACAUGCAUUAGCUUAGGAAACAGCACUUGUUUUUUUCUUUUCUUUUUUUUUUUUUUUUUUGAGACAAGGUCUUGCUCUGUCGCCCAGGCUGGAAUGCAUGUUGCGAUCUCGGCUCACUGCAACCUCUGCCUCCUGGGCUCAAGCGAUCCUUCCACCUUGGCCUCCCAAGGCGCUUGGCGCUGGGAUUACAGGCAUGGGCCACCGUGCCUGGCCUGGUGCUUUUCAGUGAAUAAAUAAGUAUGUAAACUUCUCUUUUCUGACUAGACGGAAAUUCCCCAGAGGACAAGGGUGGCGUGACUUGUCAGUCCUUUUCAUUGACAGCGCUGUGGAUGGGAAGAAAGGGCCCCUGGUCCCAAGCAAGCCCCAGUCCUGUGGCCCUGGAGGAUCAGAAGGGUAAUUAAGUGUCAAAGGAAAACAUAGCCAGACAUGAGUUACGGUGGUGAAAACAGAUUUUAUUCAGUAACUACUCGCGGUAGGAGAAAGAGCUGAGCUCCAUUCUGAUUUGUGCAGAGGUGAUUUAGGCAUUUAAUUAGUUAAUUAGUUUUUGUGGGACAGGGUCUCGAUCUGUUGCCCAGGCUUGUGAUUGUGCCUGUUGCUCAGAUUGUGCAGUGGUACAAUCAUGGCUCACUGCAGCCUCGAACUCCCAGGCUCAAGUGAUCCUCCUACCUCAGCCUCCUGAGUUAGCUGGGACCCACAGGCGUAUGCCACUGCACCUGGCUUUUUUUUUUUUUUUUUUUUUUGAAACAGAGUCUCGCUCUGUUGCCCAGGCUGGAAUGCAGUGGCGUGAUCUUGGCUCACUGCAACCACCACCUCCUGGGUUCAAGCAAUUCUCCUGCCUCGGUCUCCUAAGUAGCUGGGAUUACAGGCGCGUGCCACAAUACCCAGCUAGUUUUAGUUUGUUUUUUAUUUAUUUAUUUUUUUUAGUAGAAACGACGUUUCACCAUGUUGGCCAGGCUGGUCUCGAACUCCCGACCUCAGGUGAUCCACUCACCUCGGCCUCCCAAAAUGCUGGGAUUACAGGCGUGAGCCACCGCACCAGUGUCUCUCUCUUGUAACACCAGCUAGUCCUUAUCAGGCUUUGACUGUGGGCCCCUCACCUGUCUAACUUAUCCUUCCCAGGAACUGUGAAGAAUACUGUUAUUCUUCCUAUUUUGCAAAUGAAGAAACUGAGGCAGAUUAAAUGCCUGACCCAAGGCCAUCCAGACGGCAGGCGAUGCAGGCAGGAGUCAAGCUCAGGUACCCCUCCCCUUCUGUGGCUUCCCUGCCUCCAGGCUUCUGCCAGCCCCUGUCUACCUUGGUGUAGGAGCGGCCCCUCAAAGACCUGCAGGGAGCCGGGCACGGUGGCGCACGCCUAUAAUCUCAGCACUUUGGGAGGCUGAGGUGGGCGUAUCAUGAAACCCUGUCUCUACUAAAAAUACAAAAAUUAGCCAGGUGUAGUGGUGGGCACCUAUGAUCCCAGCUACUCAGAAGGCUGAGGCAGGAGGAACGCUUGAGAACCCCAGAGGCGGAGGUUGCAGUGAGCCAAGAUCGAGCCACUGCACUCCAGCCUGGACGACAGAGCGAGACUCCAUCUCAAAAAAAAAAAAAAACCUGUAGGGGGAAGGAGGAAGCCUGGGGAGGGCAGAGCUAUUAUCUCAGGAGAAGCAGGCAAACCUCUGGUGACCUCUGAUGACCUCAGGGCGGGAUGGGCAGGCCUUCACAACAGCUCCAGGCACACCCAGCCUCCCGUCCCUGGCCUCAUCACUCCCCUCUCUGCCCUCCACCCUUUGGCCUCCUUGCCUUUGUCCACAGUUCUGCAGCCUGAUACCCUCUUCCUUGUCUCAACCAGAGAAGUCUUCAGUCAAUAAACAUCAUCCAAUGCCUACUGUGUACCAAGCACUUCCUGGGUGCUGGGGCACUGUGCAAGCACACACGCACAGCUGUUAGGCCAUGGGGCUGGCAUUCCAGUGUGGGGAGAGCGACAGAAGCAAAAUAAGAAAGUCCAUUACAUGGCGCAUUUGAAGGCGCGAAGUGCUAUGGGGAGAAAGCAAGGAGGGGGGUUACAGUCCAGAGCGAGGGGGUGUGAUUUUUUUUUUUUUUUUUCCAGACAGAGUCUUGCUCUGUCACCCAGGCUGGAGUGCAGUGGCGUGGUCUUGCAAACUCCGCCUCCUGGGUUCACGCCAUUCUUCUGCCUCAGCCUCCUGAGUAGCUGGGACUGCAGGCACGCGCCACCAUGUCCGGCUAAUUUUUUGUAUUUUUAGCAUAGACAGGGUUUCACCGUGUUAGCCAGGAUGGUCUUCAUCUCCUGACCUUGUGAUCCACCCGCCUCAGCCUCCCAAAGUGCUGGGAUUACAGGCAUGAGCCACCGCGCCCACCCGGGGGUGAGAUUUUAAAUACAAUGGCCAGUUGGGCUCGGUGGCUCACACCUGUAAUUCCAGCACUUUGGGAGACCGAGGUGGGAGGCUCACUUGAGUCUAGGAGUUUGAAACAAGCCUGGGCAACAAAGCAAGAUCCCAUCUGUAUGAAAAAUUUAAAAAUUAGGCCGGGCAUGGUGGCUCAUACCUGUAAUCCCAGCACUUUGGGAGGCCGAGGAGGGCAGAUCACUUGAGCUCAGGAGUCCGAGACCAGCCUGGCCAACACGGUGAAACACUGUCUCUACUAAAAAUACAAAAAAAUUGCUGGGCGUGGUGGCUCACGCUUGUAAUCCCAGCAUUUUGGGAGGCCGAGGCAGGUGGAUCACCUGAGGUCAGGAGUUCAAGACCAGUCUGGCCAACAUGGUGAAACCCUGUCUCUACUAAAAAUAGAAAAUUAGAUGGGCUUGGUGGUAGGCACCUGUAUUCCCAGCUACUCAGGAGGCUGAGGCAGGAGAAUAGCUUAAAUCCAGGAGGCGGAGGUUGCCGUGAGCCGAGAUCGCACCAUUGCGCUCCAGCCUGGGCAACAAGAGUGUGAAACUCCAUCUCAAAAAUACAAAUAAAAAUAAAAAUACAAAAAAAUAGCCGGGCAUGGUGGCGCGCACCUGUAAUCCCAGCUACUCGGGAGACUGAGGCGGGAGAAUUGCUAGAACUCGGGAGGCGGAGUUGCAGUGAACCAAGAUUGUGCCACUGCACUCCAGCCUGGGAGACAGAGCGAGACUCCAUCUCAAAAAAUAAAAAAUUAAAAGUUAGACUGGUGUGGUGGCAUGUGCCUGUAGUCCCAGCUACUUGGGAGGCCAAGGCGGGAGGAUCUCUUGAGCCCAGGAGGUCGAGGCUGCAGUGAGCCAUGAUUGUGCCAAUGCACUCAAGCCUGGGUGACAGAGUGAGACCUUGUGUCUAAAACAAACAAAUAAGUAAGUAAAUAGGUUGGCCAGGCAAAGCCAUCCUGAGAAGGUGACAUUUGAGCAAAGACUGAGAAAGCAGCCAAGCAACAUCUGGGUGGGGAGCCAUGGGGCAGCCACCACAGAUGGCACAAAGGCCCUGGGCUUGCUUUCUCCAGGGACACAUCAGAGGUCCGGGUGGCAAGGGCGUGGAUGGCAGGGCCAUGGGUGGAGGGGCAGAAGCAACAUGGGUAAGAGAGGUAGGCAGGGGUCAGAUCGGAUGUGGCCGACUUGGCUUCUACCCUGAGUGGGGUGGGAGUGGUCUCAGGGCUCCAAGCAGAGGAGGGGUGGGGUCAGAUGUUUCAUCUGGGUCCCUCUGGCUGCUGUGUGGAAAACAGCCCGGAGGAGGAUGAGAUCUCACACAGGGAGACCAGAGCUGAGAUGACUGCACCAGUCCAGGCCAGAGAAGAUAGAGGCUCAGGCCAGUGGGCAGCAGUGACGGGGCGAAGAGGGAUCAGAUUCUGGAUCUUUCUCUCUCUCUCUCUCUUUUUUUUUUUUUUUUUUACAGACAAGGUAUCACUGUGUUACCCAGGGUGGAGUACAGUGGCGAAAUCAUAGCUCACUGCAGCCUUGAACUCCUGAACUCAAGCGAUCCCUUCUCCUGGGUCUCCCAAAGUCCUGGGAUUACAGGAGUGAGCCACUGUGCCCAGGGCAGGUUAUACAUUUUUUUUUGGGAACACCACAGAAGAAGCCAAGCACAGUGGCUCAUGCCUGUAAUCCCAGGACUUCUGGAGGCCAAGAUGAGAGGAUUGCUUGAGCCCAGGAGUUCAAGACCAGUCUGGGCAACACAGCAAGAACCCAUCUCUAAAAAAAAAGAAAUACCGCUGGGCACGGUGGCUCAUGCCUAUAAUUCCAGCACUUUGGGAGGCUGAGGUGGGUGGAUCACUUGAGAUUAGGAGUAGGAGACCAGCCUGGCUAACAUGGCGAAACCCCAUCCCUAAUAAAAAUACAAAAAUUAGCUGGGCGUGGUGGCAGGGACCUGUAAUCCCAGCUAUUCAGGAGGCUGAGGCAGGAGAACUGCUUGAACCCAGGAGGCGGAGGUUGCAGUGAGCCGAGAUCACGUCACUGCACUCCAGCCAGGGCGACCAUGCCCGGCCAACUAUGUAAAUAUCCUAUACACACACACUCUUCUGAUUUCACCAAUGGUUUUAACACUCACUCUUACCUGAAUCCAUUAUUAUUAUAUUGGUUAUGUUUAUCAUUUUUUAAAUUCUACAUUCCUUUUACACUUGUUAGCUUUCCUACAGUAAAAUAACUUUCCAGUGGCCGCGCACAGUGGCUCAUGCCUGUAAUCCCAGCACUUUGGGAGGCCGAGGCAGGUGAAUCACGAGGUCAGGAGUUCGAGAUCAGCCUGGCCAACAUGGUGUAACCACAUCUCUACUAAUAAUGCAAAAAUUAGCCAAACGUGGUGGUGCGCACCUGUAAUCCUAGCUACUUGGGAGGCUGAGGCAGGAGAGUUGCUUGAAACUAAGAGGCAGAGGUUGCAGCGAGCCGAGAUUGCAUCACUGCACUCCAACCUGAGCGACAGAGCAAGACUACGUCUCAGAAAAAAUAAAACAAAAACAAAAAAAACUUCCAUACUGUCCUACCUCCCUUCCCUGCUCCCUCCCUCCUUCUCUUUGUCUCUCUUUAAUAUUUUCAGAAUCAGUAUGAACUCAUUUUCUUUUCUUUUCUUUUCUUUUUUCCAAGACAAAUUCUCACUCUUUUGCCGAGGCUGGAGUGCAGUGGCAUGAUCUCAGCUCAUUGCAACCUCUGCCUCCCAGGUUCAAGCGAUUCUCCUGCCUCAGCCUCCCGAGUAGCUGGGACUACCAGCGCCCAUCACCACACCCGGCUAAUUUUUUGGUAAUUUUUAGUAGAAACGGAGUUUCACCAUGUUGGUCAGGCUGGUCUCGAACUCCUGACCUCAGGUGAUCCUCCCGUCCCGGCCUCCCAAGUGCUGGGAUUACAGGCAUGAGCCACUGCGCCCAGCCUCUUUUUUUCUUUUAAUUAAAACAAUUAAAUAGAGAUGGGGUUCUCUGUCUGUUGCCCAGGUUGGUCUUCAACUCCUGGGCUCAAGCAAUCCUCCUGUCUCGGGCUCCCGAAGUGCUGGGAUUAUAGGAGUGAGCCACCACGCCCAGCCUAAGUAUUGCUCUUCUGUGAUGAUUUGCAGGCAACAAUCACCUCUUGUUCAUAUUUUCAUUAUCUUUCCCUCCACCCCGAGCCUAUAGUCUGUCUUGGUCAGACCCCAUUUCUUGAGUGCAUCAGGCUGGAGUUUGGACCCAUCCACAUCCUCGCAGCUCUCCUGAGUUGGGGCCCAACAUCUGGCUUGGGGAAUAGACAGCUUUGCCGAUAGCAGUAACAAUUUGGUUGAAAUGAUAACUUUGUCAAAAAUGAAUUUUGCCUUAGUGUUUUUUUAAAGGUUGAGAAUCUUGUACAUUCUUACAACAUUUCUAUUUUCUACAAUUAAAAAACUGUAGGCUGGGUGCAGUGACUCACUCCUGUAAUCCCAGCACUUUGGGAGGCCAAGGUGGGUGGAUUGCUUGAGUCCAAGGGUUCGAGACCAGCUAGGCAACAUAGCAAAAUAUUAGCUAGGUGUGGUAGCUACUCGGGAGGUUGAGGCAGGAGAAUUGCUUGAACCCAGGAGGCAGAGGUUGCAGUGAGCCAAGAUCAUGCCACUGCACUCCAGCCUGGGCAAGAGAGCUUGAUUGUCUCAAAAAAAAAAAAAAAAAAGUAAGUUCCAAUUACUUUGCAGCCAAUUAUUCUUGCUCUUCUAUUUGCAAUAGCAGAAGAUUGAAAUAGCCUCCUAGAUGUCUGACAGUGGAAUGGGUUCUUUUCUUUUUCUUUUUUGGUAGAGAUGAGGAUCUCACUAUGUGGCCAGGCAAGCCUUGAACUCCUGGCCUCAAGUGAUCCUCCCGCCUCUGGAGGCAGGAGGUAGGGUACAGUCCCAGACUCAAAGCACUGGGAUUACAGGAGUGAACCACUGCGUGAGCCUGGUUUCUUUUCUUUCCCCUCCCUUCCUUCCUUCCUUCCUUCCUUCCAUCCAUCCAUCCGUCCUUCCUUCCUUCCCUGCUUCUCUCCUCUUUCACUCUACCUCUUUCUUUUCUUCUUUUUUCUGGCUUGUUAAAACAGAAAUACAUAAUAAUUAUAGUAAAAUAAACUAGGGUAUUUACUGCAGCAGUUAGUAAUAAUGAAAUGUUGGAAAACAGUCUAAUGUUCAUCCGUAGGGAAUAUUUAAAAUAUAGUGUAUUUCGGCCGGGCGCGGUGGCUCACGCCUGUAAUCCCAGCACUUUGGGAGGCUGAGGCAGGUGGAUCCUGAGGUCAGGAGAUCGAGACCACGGUGAAACCCUGUCUCUACUAAAAAUACAAAAAAGUUAGCCUGGCUUCGUGGUGGGCGCCUGUAGUCCCAGCUACUCGGGAGGCUGAGGCAGGAGAAUGGCUUGAACCCGGGAGGCGGAGCUUGCAGUGAGCAGAAAUCGCGCCACUGCACUCGAGCCUGGACGACACUGUGAGACUCCGUCUCAAAAAAAUAAAUUAAUUAAAAAUAAAUAAAUAAAUAAAAUAUAGUGUAUUUCUGGCCGGGCGCAGUGGCUCACGCAUGUAAUCCCAGCACUUUGGGAUGCUGAGGCUGGCAGAUCACAAGAUCAGGAGAUCAAGACCAUCCUGGCUAACGCGGUGAAACCCUGUCUCUAUUAAAAAUACAGAAAUUAGCUGGGCAUAGUGGCAUGUGCCUGUAGUCCCAGCUACUUGUGAGGCUGAGACAGGAAAAUCACUUGAACCUGGGAGGUGGAGGUUGCAGUGAGCUGAGAUCGAAACACUACGCUCCAGCCUGGGUGACAGAGCAAGACUCCGUCUCAAAAAAAAAAAAAAAAUUAUAGUGUAUGCCAUGGAAUAUUAUGCAACUGUUAUAUAUGUGUGUGUGUUCCCAAAGCAUUGUUCAGUAACAAAGGAAAAGUGCAAAACACUAAAAUGGAUGAAUACAUGCUUGUGUAAACACAGACACUGUCAGGAAUGUUUGUCUGGAGGUGAUGGGUAUGGAGCCUUUUUGUCUGAUAUAUUGGGUGUAUCAAGAAUGCCAGGUCCUGAGCAGUUUUUUUUUUUUUUUUUUUUUUGAGUUGGAGUCUCACUCUGUUGCCCAGGCUGGAGUGCAGUGGCACAAUCUCUGCUCACUGCAACCUCCACCUCCUGGGUUGAAGCGAUUCUCGUGCCUCAGCCUCCCGAGUAACUGGGAUUAUAGGCGCCCGCCACCAUGCCCAGCUAAUUUUUUGUAUUUUUAGUAGAGACGGGGUUUCACCAUGUUGGCCAAGCUGGUCUCGAACUCCUGACCUCAGGUGAUCUGCCUGCCUCGGCCUUCCAAAGUGCUGGGCUUACAGGCAUGGGCCACCGUGCCCAGCUGUUUAUAUGUAUUAACUCUUAAUCAUCAAAACAAACUAUGUGGUAUUACCAUAAUUAUCGCCAUUUUAUACAAAGCAACAGAGGGAUAAGGAGAUUAAGGCGCUUGUCCAAGUGCAAGGGGUAGGACAGGAACCCAGAGUCCCGUGCUGGUAGCUGCUUUUCUGUGCACUUAACAUUAUCUCAUUUAAUUCUUGCAGUCACUUGAUGAAGAAGGUGGCGGUCCUAGGGCAUUGGAGAAGUUACGUGACUUGUUCAAGGUCAUGCAGCUGGAAGAUGGUGGUGGUAGGACAGGAAGUCUGUAGGGCCUGAUUCUGCAGCCCUCUAGUCUAUACUCCUUUGCUCCUGUGUCCCUCAUCCCCCCUGCAGAAUGGGCACCCCGUUACCUUUCUGAGCCACUGUGCGCAGAAAAGAGAGCAUGUUGGCCAGGCUGGUCUCGAACUCCUGACCUCAAGUGAUCAGCCUGCCUUAGCCUCCCAAAAUCCUGGGAUUACAGGCGUGAACCACCACACUCAGCCUCUGAAUACUUUGUACUCAAGCCAUUUUUCAGUGCUGUGUUUGCAGUGAGCACCCCCGAGGGAUGAAGACACGUCUCCCUGUGGGAACCUGGGCUUACCAGGGCCCCUAGAGGAGGGGAAUCUCUCAAGCUCAGAGCUCUAUGGCUGCGAUGCAGGCCCACUGUGUGCAUGGUGUCAGUCUGGGCCCUUCCAUGUUGCCCCCGUGGGACUUGGGGUAAGGGGAACUGAUGCAAACAUCACGCUGCUGUUGCUUGGUGUGAGCAAUUAAUUCCUGCGGCUCUCACCCAGGAGUCUCAUGUCUUUGGGUCAGACAAACUCAUCAGCUUGUAGAAACGGCACAGUCCCACGGGCCUGUUAGAAUCUUCUAUUGUGCACAUGUUGCUCUUAAAAUAUACAAAUCAGUUUUGAUUUUUAAAAAUUAUUUAUUUUUUUAGUGAUAGGAGUUUUGCUACAUUGCCCAGGCUGGUUUCAAACUCUUGGGCUCAGGAGGUCCUCCCACUUUGGCCUGGACUGCCAGCAUAAUGUAUCACCACACCCGGGACUGAUUUUCGUUUUUCAAGAACAAAAACCAAAAACAUACACGAACCAAGAGUCAAAGCUUGCUAAUUAGAGGAAAGUCAGGAAAUGGGAACCAUUCAAAGAAGAAAAUACCCCCACCUCCUACUCUCACCUAUCCAAAGACAAUUAGGUGAAUCCCUUAGUAGAUAUCUUUCCAGACGGUUUUCCAUAUAGAUUCCCACAUCUGGCCAGGCGUGGUGGCUCACACCUGUAAUCCUAGCGCUUGGGGAGGCUGAGGCGGAUGGACCACCUGAGGUCAGGAGUUCGAGACCAGCCUGACCAACAUGGAGAAACCUCGUCUCUACUAAAAAUACAAAAUUAGCCGGGCACAGUGGUGCAAGCCUGUAAUCCCAGCUACUCAGGAGGCCGAGGCAGGAGAAUUGCUUGAACCUAGGAGGCAGACAUUGUGCUGAGCCGAGCCAAGAUCAUGCCAUUGCACUAAACUCCACCUUAAAAAAAAAAAAAAAAGAUUCCCACAUCUUUACUAGUUUGCAGAAAUAAGAUCCUAGCAUAUGCAGUGUGUAGGAACCACCUUGGUUGAGCCACGCCUCUGUGACUGGGGGCCACUGUGGUGACCCCCAGCUCCCCGGACAGAGUCAAGAGCUCACCAGCCUGCAAAGGUUUUCACGGCCCCCAGCCAGACUCAGGGGCUUCCUCUUGCCCUGCUACUUCCUGGGAGCUCUGAGGGCAGGAAAUGGCGCCACUCAGCUCCUGGCCUAACAGCUUGGGGACCACAAAUGCAAAGGAAACCACCCUCCCCUCCCACCUCCUCCUCUGCACCCUUGAGUUCUCAGGCUCACAUUCCCACCACCCACCUCUGAGCCCAGCCCUCCCUAGCAUCACCCCUUCCAUCCCAUUCCUCAGCCAAGAGCCAGGAAUCCUGAUUCCAGAUCCCACGCUUCCCUGCCUCCCUCAGGUGAGCCCCAGACCCCCAGGCACCCCGCUGGCCCCUGAAGGAGCAGGUGAUGGUGCUGUCUUUGCCCAGCAGCUGUGGGAGCAGGCGGGUGGGGCAGGAUGGAGGGGUGGGUGGGGUGGGUGGAGCCAGGGCCCACUUCCUUUCCCCUUGGGGCCCUGUCCUUCCCAGUCUUGCCCCAGCCUCGGGAGGUGGUGGAGUGACCUGGCCCCAGUGCUGCGUCCUUAUCAGCCGAGCCGGUCCCAGCUCUUGCUCCUGCCUGUUUGCCUGGAAAUGGCCACGCUUCUCCUCCUCCUUGGGGUGCUGGUGGUAAGCCCAGAUGCUCUGGGGAGCACGACAGCAGUGCAGACACCCACCUCUGGAGAGCCUUUGGUCUCUACUAGCGAGCCCCUGAGCUCAAAGAUGUACACCACUUCAAUAACAAGUGACCCUAAGGCCGACAGCACUGGGGACCAGACCUCAGCCCUACCUCCCUCAACUUCCAUCAAUGAGGGAUCCCCUCUUUGGACUUCCAUUGGUGCCAGCACUGGUUCCCCUUUACCUGAGCCAACAACCUACCAGGAAGUUUCCAUCAAGACGUCAUCAGUGCCCCAGGAAACCCCUCAUGCAACCAGUCAUCCUGCUGUUCCCAUAACAGCAAACUCUCUAGGAUCCCACACCGUGACAGGUGGAACCAUAACAACGAACUCUCCAGAAACCUCCAGUAGGACCAGUGGAGCCCCUGUUACCACGGCAGCUAGCUCUCUGGAGACCUCCAGAGGCACCUCUGGACCCCCUCUUACCAUGGCAACUGUCUCUCUGGAGACUUCCAAAGGCACCUCUGGACCCCCUGUUACCAUGGCAACUGACUCUCUGGAGACCUCCACUGGGACCACUGGACCCCCUGUUACCAUGACAACUGGCUCUCUGGAGCCCUCCAGCGGGGCCAGUGGACCCCAGGUCUCUAGCGUAAAAUCCACAAUGAUGACUCCAACGACCUCCACCAACGCAAGCACUGUGCCCUUCCGGAACCCAGAUGAGAACUCACGAGGCAUGCUGCCAGUGGCCGUGCUUGUGGCCCUGCUGGCGGUCAUAGUCCUUGUGGCUCUGCUCCUGCUGUGGCGCCGGCGGCAGAAGCGGCGGACUGGGGCCCUCGUGCUGAGCAGAGGCGGCAAGCGUAACGGGGUGGUGGACGCCUGGGCUGGGCCAGCCCAGGUCCCUGAGGAGGGGGCCGUGACAGUGACCGUGGGAGGGUCCGGGGGCGACAAGGGCUCUGGGUUCCCCGAUGGGGAGGGGUCUAGCCGGCGGCCCACGCUCACCACUUUCUUUGGCAGACGGAAGUCUCGCCAGGGCUCCCUGGCGAUGGAGGAGCUGAAGUCUGGGUCAGGCCCCAGCCUCAAAGGGGAGGAGGAACCACUGGUGGCCAGUGAGGAUGGGGCUGUGGACGCCCCAGCUCCUGAUGAGCCCGAAGGGGGAGACGGGGCUGCCCCUUAAGUGUCGGUGAAUAGUGAGGCUGGAGGCCGGAAUCUCAGCCAGCCUCCAGCACCUUCCCUCUCACCAUCCCACUGCCCCCUCGCUCCCAUGUUUCCACCCGGCACCCUGAUCCUCACCCGAAUCUCCUUUUUUUUUUUCUUUUGAGACAGAGUUUCGCUUUGUCGCCCAGGCUGGAGUGCAAUGCAUGAUCUCAGUUCACUGCAACCUCUGCCUCCUAAGUUCAGGCGAUUCUCCUGCCUCAGCUUCCCGAGUAACUGAGAUUACAGGCACCCACCACCAUGCCCAGCUGCUUUUUUGUAUUUUUGGUAGAGAUGGGGUUUCACCAUGUUGGCUAGGCUGGUCUCAAACUCCUGACCUCAGGUGAUCCACCUGCCUCAGCCUCCCAAAGUGCUGAGAUUACAGACAUGAGCCUCUGCGCCUUGCCUCCUCACCCACCUCUUCACUCUGAAUCCUCAUCAGGCUUCUCAGCCCUGGAUUUCCUGCUGGCAUCCUCACCCAGCACCCACAACUAGCACCUGGGCAGGGCAGGGCUGGCACCUCUCAACGUCUGUGGACUGAAUGAAUAAACCCUCCUCAUCCACCCCUAUUUAUCUCCAUCACCAUUUCCCCCUCUUUCUUGUUCCUGGAAACGGCUGCUGAGUCUCCAUCGGCCAAACUUAUCUGACCUGUGAUUUCUUUGACAAUUCUCCUUUUCCCCCAGAACCCACCCUGGGUUGACCAGAGUCUGGGAAGAAGGACAAGAGAACCCAGCAAACUCCCUCCUAGGAUUAACUUUGUAAAGCACCCUUGCCCUGUAGCUGCAAGGGCUGUGGAACCUGGGCAGCCCGCAACCACCUUUAGCUCUGGGCACCCCAGGCCGGCCUGGAGCGUGGCUGGGUGGGGCCACCGGCCCAUGCUCUCAGGCGGGCCUGUGAUCUUUCCCAGGGCACAUGGACUCUAGGCUGGCCCUGGCCCACACCACCACACUCUCCCCAGCCAUGGACAGAGGCAGCCAGAGGCCUCACGGUUUCUCCUCCGAGUUUCUGGCUGGGUGUAGUUCUCAGAAACCCCAGUGCCUGCGUGCGUCCACUCGUGGGUGUGGUUUGUGUGCAAGAGCUGAGGAUUUGGCGAUGCUUGGGAGGGGUAGUUGUGGGUACAGACGGUGUGGGGGUGGGAAGUGGUGCAGAGACUGAAGAGGGUCAACCUGGGCAUGGGGGACACAGGGACUGCUGAGAACAUGCGUGUCAUCUUUGCUCUGAUGGGGUGGACAUAGCAGAAAAUCUAACUCUGUCUGUAGCCCCAUACAGAAUGCCAGGGUGAGCACAGUGGCUGGUGCCUUUAAUCCCAGCACUUUGGAAAGUUGAGGCAGGAGGAUCGCUUGAGCCCAGGAGUUCGAGUCUGAAGUGAGCUGUGAUUGCACCACUGCACUUCAGCCUGGGCAACAGAGUGAGACCCUGUCUCAAAAAAGAAAAGAAAAAGAAAGCCAGGCUUCAUAGAAAGAUCGUAUGUGUGACCCAAAUGUGAGUUCUUCAGCUCAGCCGUGGUAAUCCCUUCCUUGAAGUCUCCAUUUCUGCAGUACACAUGCAUGUGCUCGCUCUCGCCCUCGCCCUCUCUCUCUCUCGCCCUCUCUCUCUCUCUCUCUCUCUCUCUCUCUCUCUCUCUCUCUCUCUCUCUCUCUCUCUCUCUCUCGUGCACACACACACACACACACACACACACACACACACACACACGUGCGCACUCUCCUGCGAACAGAGGCAGGGGGAGAGGGGUUUGCCCUGGUCGCGGGGACUGGUCUUGCUGGCGCUUCCCCACUGCACGUUUCCAGGUUUAGUUUGUCUGUGUCUCCUCUUCCAUCCCAGGGGCUGAGCCCCUUCCAUCCUCCAAAAGGAACCAGUGAGAGUGAGUGAAGGAGGGGCCUGGAGCCAGGGACUUCCCCUGUGGGGCCUGGGUGGAGAGGGGAGAACUCAAUGGUGCUGCCUUUGAGACCAGCCCAGGCUACAGCCCAGGAGCACACAUGGGCCAGGGCAGUUGGUAUUUCCCGAGGACAAAGAGGAAAUUUUCAAAGAGGAAGUUGUUGAGUUAGAGCUUGCGGUGGCUGAGAGCAGACAGGUUGACCUGCAAAAAAAGACAGGGGAGGCAUGUGAGUGUGACAGCCCUGCUCUGUGGCCUGGGCAGGAGGUGGGGGAAAGGGUCAGGUGGGGGAUGGGCUCAUGCAGUGGGAGAGGAGACGGAGGGAGGGAGCAGGAAGGGGCUUGCUUAGUGGGUGGGAAGAGCUGAACUGGGAUGGAACCAGCUUCUACCAGCCAGGCUGGGCACCCACUGGGCUGCAUCUGGUGGCCUUUUCUGAUUGCUAUUUGGACUCACUGCAGCUGCAGAAUGACAGAGGCCAUGUCCAAAAUCCCUUAGAGACACUGUUGUCUUAGAGUUGUUAAAAUAAGUGCCCCCAUAUCAGGUUUAGAAAAUACUGUCACGGAACGUCGCUGUCCUCAGCUCCACCUCCCUUUCCUUUGACAGAUAUGGUUGUUUUCUAAGCCAGGACUGGUUUUAGUCAGGUCCUGGGCGAAUCCUGAAAAAAAGAGGUAGUACGGGUAAGGAAGGCACCCAACAGGGCUUUCACAAUCCAGAAAAUAUCAAAAUAUAAGUGUUAAAAGAGAGGCACAGGCCGGGUGCGGUGGCUCACGCCUGUAAUCUCAGCACUUUGGGAGGCCAAGGCGGGCAGAUCAUGAGGUCAGGAGUUUGAGACCAGCCUGGCCAAUAUGAUGAAACCCCGUUUCUACUAAAAAUACAAAAGUUAGCCAGGCAUGGUGGUGUGCUCCUGUAAUCCCAGCUACUUAGGAGGCUGAGGCCAGAGAAUUGCUUGAACCCUGGAGUCAGAGGUUGCAGUGAGCCGGGAUCGUGCCACUGUACUCCAGGCUGGGUGACAAAGUGAGACUGUCUCAAAAAAUAAAAAUAAAAAAAAAUAAAAGAGAGGCACAGUGUUAUGAAUGCACCAAGGAAAAUGGUGCAUUCAUAACUCU